AUGAACUGUUUGACAGGUGAUUCAGGUGAUGAUCUGAGGAUCGUGCUGCUGGGAGUCUCUGGAGCUGGAAAAAGUUCAUUGGGAAAUGCAAUACUGGGUGGAGAGGCAUUUAAAGAGAGCAGAACCAGAAAGAGUGAGAUACAGACAGGAAAAGUAGAAAACAGAAACAUCUCCAUCAUCAACACUCCAGGAUUCUUCAACACUCGACUGACUGAUGAAGAGAUGAAGCAGCAGAUGAUGAACAGCCUGUAUCUCGCUCAUCCUGGUCCUCAAGUGUUCCUGCUCGUCAUCAACCUGGAAAACUUCAGAGAGGAGCAGAGGAACAUUGUGGAGCAAAUUCAGGAGAACUUUGGAGCUCAAGCUUUGAGGUUCACAUUAGUGCUCUUUUUUGGAAGAAAAAAAAUGUCAAGGAUGGAAUGGAUGCUCUUUAUGCUUGAUACAAAAUUUAAAGAGUUGGUCAGUCACUGCAGAGAUAAUUAUCAUGUGAUCAACAGUAAAAAUGAGAUUAAAUUAACUUAUAUCACAGAGCUUCUAGAGAAGAUUGAUGAAUUCAUCAAACAGAAUAAUCAUCAGUAUUACAAUAAUGAUAUUUACUUAAAGCCUCGAUCCAAGAUCAGAAUAGAAAAGGAAAAACAAGAAGAAAAAAAGGUGAACAAAACAAAUGAGCAAGAGGAAGAGAUGAAACAAGAGCAAAUAAAAAUAGUGUGGGACAGAUUUGCAAUGGGCAGCCACAAGAAACUGACGCCAAUAGAACAAAACUUGAUCGGAGCAG